AUGGACCCCCACACAGCCAUGUCUCUUUUCUCCAUAGAAAAGUCCCAAAAUCCCAUAUCGUCGAGACCCCAGAGUCCGCGUCCCCCUGCAAAAGCACACCCACACAGACCCGUAUCCGCACCAAAAGCCUCGGGACCCAUUCCACUCAAGGACCUCGGGAUCUCACCCGAAGCAGCGCACACCAGUGGCCAGAAUAGCCCAGAUGCAGACCUCGAACGGAGCCGCCCCAGCUCCCCAGACCCCGGGGAGGCCGCCACAGCGACGGCCACAGAGGCCCUUCAGACCGUCUGGGACCCCUACAUGAACCGCUUCCGGCUCGUCUCGGCCUCGCUCAUAAAUUUCGCCAACGGGCUCAACGACAGCGCCCCUGGCGCUCUGAUUCCCACUCUCGAGGAGCGCUUCGGCAUCGGCUACGCUGUUGUCUCGCUCAUAUUCGUCGCCAAUGCGCUCGGCUUCAUCGCAGGGGCGAUCUGCAUCGACAGCAUCCGCGCCAGGCUGGGCGCCGCCCGUGGCCUGGUGCUGGCUGAGACCCUGCGCGCCGUUGGUUACCUGGUCAUCACCUGCUCGUCCUCGACGCCCUUCCCCGUGAUUGCCUGCGCCUUCUUCCCUAUAGGUCUGGCCAUGGCUAUCAAUCUAUCCACGGUCUCGAUCUUUUGCGGCUCGUUGCGCUCAGGGACCGCCGUGCUCGGCAUCCUCCAUGGCGCAUACGGCAUUGGCGGCACUGUGGGACCCCUGAUCGCCACAUCCAUCGUCACGGCUCCUGGCGCUACCAACACCGCCUGGUCCAAGUACUACUUCAUGACCAUGGGCCUGGCCGCCUUCAACGGCGUCUUUGCCUACGUCUCGUUCCGUCGCUACGAGCCGGAAGCAACCCAACCUGCCCAGCAGGCGCCAAACGACAGCAGCGCAACACCGCCCAAGACCAACCCCGGUAUAGGGACAAUGAUCCAAGCCCUCCGCAGCCCCGUCGUCCUCGUCUGCGCCCUCUUCAACUUUGCCUACCAGGGCGCCGAGGUCUCCAUCAGCGGCUGGGUCAUCUCGUUCCUCAUCACGGCGCGCGGAGGCGACCCCGCCUCGGUCGGAUACGUCACGGCAGGCUUCUGGGCCGGCAUCACCAUCGGUCGGCUGCUGGUCGCGACGCCGGGAUUGAGCACUCGCGUCGCCGGCCGGGAGGUCCGCUUCGUGUUCGUCUGCACCCUUGGAUCCGCCGUCUUCGAGGCCCUCGUUUGGGCCGUGCCAAACGUCAUCAGCAACGCCGUGAGCGUCUCCAUAGUUGGGCUGCUGCUGGGUCCCGUCUUCCCCUGCGGUGUGGCCGUGUGGCUGCGGUUGAUGGGCCGCCGCGAGAGGCUGAGCGGCAUGGGGUUGAUUACUGCGUUUGGCAGCUCAGGAGGAGCCGCGGCGCCGUUUACGACAGGGCUUUUGGCGCAGGUGGUUGGGACUUUCGUGCUGCAUCCUAUUGCAAUUGGGCUUUUUGGCGUUAUGGCGAUCUGUUGGUGGUGGCUGACCAGGGAGCGCAAGCGGGUUGAGUAG